ACCAUUGUCAGAGAGAGAGAGAGAGCGUGGAGAGAGAAAGUCAGAGGGAGAGAGAACUGACUCCUGAAAUAUGCAGAGAGUACAGAAUGAGCAUUUGGACGUAGAAGCUGACAGUGAAAAGUCUUGAAGUUGCAGUUUAGAGAGCGAGAGAGAGAAAGCGAGUACUGAAAUCCAGGCAUGAGCAAAGGAACAAGGGCGUUUAGGAAGGGGAGCCGGGUCGAAGUUGGCAGUGAUGAAGAUGGCUUCAAGGGUGCCUGGUUCACUGCAACAGUGACGAAAAUGGUUGGAAAGUUCAGAGUUACUGUUGAAUACGAUAACCUUAUGAGUGAUGAUGAGAAGGGGCCAUUAGUUGAAACUGUGGAGGUCCUCAAUGUGAGGCCAUUGCCCCCUUCUGAUACACCUCGUGCUUUCUCUCUCUACGAAGAAGUUGAUGCUUUCCACAACGAUGGCUGGUGGGUUGGUGUGAUUACUAAGGUGAUUGCAGAGGGUCCCACGUAUAUCGUGUAUUUUAGGAACUCCGGCGAGGAGAUGCUUUUUGAGCUUAAUGAGUUGAGGGUUCAUCAAGAUUUCGUUGAUGGGCAUUGGGUCCUGGCAUCUUCACAGAAAUUGCUACUGGAAGAACAGUUCAACAAAAAUGAGGAAUCUAUUCCUCCCAGCAAUAACUACAAUAGAUCUUUAGAAAACAGAGAGAAAGAUCCAUCCAUUGAGCCAGAAAUGGAGCCCCUGGUUGAAGCUUUGCCACUUGAUGAACCAGAAUUGAAAAAAUGUGGAUCUAAUAUUAGAAAAGCGAAGAAACUUUCUCCCUUAUCUUCAGUACCUCUGAAAGGACCUGAAGAAUCUGAAGAAGAGAAAGAUGAUUGCAUUGUAACUAAGGCAAUUUUUGACCCUGUAAAAGCAAGUAGAAGACGUGGAAGAAGUUCCCAAAUGGACAUGCUUGUUAAAACCCCAACCAAGGAAGGGGCACAGAGAGCACAGAGGGGGGAAGAUAAUGGAAACACAAGUAUGGUUGCCCCGUCUUCAGAGGAAAAUCCAAGCCAAAACAGCGCGGUAGAGAUCAGAGAGUUUGAAGAGAGGAAGGCUGAUGGGGUCAUGUGUCGUGGGGCAAAAGGGGUGAAGAAGGCAAAGAAGGGGGUAGAUAAUGGAAGUAUAUGCAUGGUUUCCCCAUGUUCAGAGGAGAAUGCAAGCCAAAACAGCAGGAUUAGAAUAGUUAAAAAACUCUCACUUUCUCCCUCAUCUUCAAUACCUCAGAAAGGAUGCAAAGAACCUGAAGAAGAGAAAAAUGAUAAUGCAACUUAUGACCCUAAAAAACCAAGCAGAAAACAUGGAAGAAGAUCUGAAUUGGACAUUUCUGUUAAAACCCCAACCAAGGAGGGGGCAAAUAAAGCAAAGAUGGGGAGAGAUAAUGGAAACAAAGGUAUGCUCACCCCAUCUUCAGAGGCGAAUCCAAGCCUAAACAGCAAGAAAGCAAAGACAAAAGCCAAAGAGUUUGAAGAGACGAAGACUGAUAGUAUCAAGUAUCAUGGGGUAAAGAAGGCGAAGAAGGGGAAGGAUAAUGGAAGCAGUCCAUGUUUAGAGGUGAAUCCAAGCCAAAAGAGCAAGAAAGCAAAGACUAAAACUGAAGACUUAGGAGCGAAAAAGACAAAGUGUGCUGAGAUUUACGUGAGUAUCCCUCAUAUGAGAGUUUCAACGAGAGCGAGAACUGGAACUGAUGAUUUGGCCAUGCUAGCUGGAACCUGUAAGGAUAUGAGUUUGGCUACUUAUUAUCUUGUUCUUCAAACCUUGUAUAUUCAAGGUGAUCACACAUGGGGCAAUGAGAUAUUUCUUGCUGGUCUUCGAGCUGCACUAGCGAUCAGUAAUGAUGAACACAUGGAGGAAUUGAAGCGAGUCACUUCUAACAAAUUUAUCACUUCUUAAAAGGUGAUAAAAGGUGGGGAUUUUGUGGGUUUUGCUUGUGAAUAGGGUGAGGCGUUUUUGUUGUGGAGGUCAAAAUGGUAUUGGCAUGUUUUUUUUUGAAGGUCCUUACAGUUUUUGGGCUAUUUUAGGUAGGAUGUAAAGGCAUUCUGAAAUAGGUGGUUUGGGUUGUGAAUGUAGUUUUUAGAGAUAAUAGCUUGUUUUUUUGACCUUUGCUGAUACUAAUUUCAGACGGGUGGAAAUCAGACUGGGGGAAA